ACAAUUAGCUUCAACUUCAACGUCGAGGGAGAAGAUGGCGGCGCUCAUCAGGCAUGGUUUACUCGCGAAUCUCGCGAAAUGUACAUCCUCGCUUCUCGCCGUCAACACGACGAGCCUGCGACGCGACGUGACGCGAUCCAAGAGCAAGUUCAAGAUCAAGCAACCGAGAAAGACCUUUCAGAUCGAAAACCAGUCUCUCGCUGCCAAAGGAUUUCUCAGAUAUCAGAAAGCGUAUAAUCCACCUGCGAAUGUGUCCGAUCAAAUAGAUCAGAUUUGCAGGGAUCAAACAAUUACAACGGACAGCGACACGAAAAUUGAGGACCCCCUGCAGCGUUUCAACCUUUUCUUGGCAUGCGAACAGGAGUUUCAACAUUCCAUACCAAACUCUGUACUAUUUUCCAUCGAAACAAUUGGUAAUUUGAAAAAAUAUUACCAAACACCGGUAGGUAACUGUAACCCACUGGAUGCGAUGCAAACAAUGGAGUUACCAAAGAAUUUACACAUUAAUUAUGAAUAUCACCGGUUCCAUCCUGAUACGGACACUAUGUUUGGAGGAAAGACAGCAUUCCCAAAGAGCUCCACUAUAGUAACUGGUUUAAAAUAUAAGAAGAAAUAUCCGGGACACCAACAGGAGAGUCCAUAUCUGAAACUACUUCUUAAAAUUUAAGUACUGAUUUAAGUAAAAAUUGACGUUUUGUAUAUUUAGUAUAUUACAUUGAAAGGUCAAUAAACAUGGUUAUAUUCAUCUA